UUGAAGGGAUGAAUAUCCUGGGACUGGUGCUGUUCGCUCUGGUUUUAGGAGUGGCUCUGAAAAAGCUUGGCCAGGAAGGGGAAGAUCUGAUCCGCUUCUUUAAUUCAUUCAACGAAGCAACUAUGGUCUUGGUUUCCUGGAUUAUGUGCUCAGCCACUCUGCCCUCGAUGAUCAAGUGCAUCGAGGAGAACAACGGAGUGGACAAGAGGAUCAGCAGGUUCAUCCUUCCCAUCGGGGCCACGGUCAACAUGGACGGAGCUGCAAUUUUUCAGUGCAUGGCAGCUGUGUUCAUUGCUCAGCUCAACAACGUUGACCUCAACCCUGGGCAAAUCUUCACAAUUCUGGUGACAGCUACUGCAUCCAGUGUGGGGGCAGCUGGGGUCCCAGCUGGAGGAGUCCUCACCAUUGCUAUCAUCUUGGAGGCCAUUGGACUUCCCACCAACGACCUCUCCUUGAUAUUAGCAGUGGACUGGAUUGUGGACCGAACCACCACGGUUGUGAAUGUGGAAGGGGAUGCCCUAGGAGCAGGCAUCCUGAACUACCUGAAUGAAAAAGCAAACAAAGAGAAAGAGCAGGAGCUGAAAGAAGUCAAUGUAGAAGCAGUUGCUAACAGCAAGUCUGAAGGGGAAACGUCACCUUUGGUAACCCACAAAAACCCAGUGUCCAACUCGAGCAGUACAGCAGACCCUGAGUCCAAGGAAUCAGUGUUGUGA